CAAUCUUUCCCAUCCGAUCCUGUGGUCCCCCAUUCCUAAGCGUACGGCAAGGAGAGUAGCCUAUUCUCAGCUCUAUACGCCGACAAUCAACAGAGGGGAGCAGCAGACUGGGACGUGCUGCUCAAAGCAGUCGGUUGACCGCCAAGAUGCGUCAGCUAGCAAUGACAGAUGCCGAGGGCGACUUUGUGCCCACUGCCCUCGAGCACAAGAUUUCAAUCCUCCCAGGCGCGGAACAAGACCUGUCCGCCGUCACUUUCUGCAUUAUGGAUGAAGAUCACACACUCGGCAAUGUGCUCCGAUGGAUGAUCAUGAAAGAUCCGCAAGUGGAGUUCUGCGGCUACAGCAUCCCACACCCUUCAGAAAGCAAGAUCCAUCUACGUAUACAGAUGUAUGACCGAAGGUCAUCCAUCAAGGCUCUCCGCAGCGCAUUGUCCAACCUCAACGAACUGUUCCUCUCCAUCGGGACCGCCUACGAGCGCGACUAUGCUGCCGGCAACUUUGAACGCUAUGAGGAGCCGCAGCUGGACCUCGACCAGCUGAGACUGGAUGCUGCCGAAGGCAGGCGACGGAGGGCCGAAGCGCAGCAAGAAAAGAAGAGCAAGGACAUAUCGCAGCGUGCCAAGGCAUAGUGUAUGCGUCAGUCGAGAGACGUCGGAGGAAUUGUGCCCUUUAGAAAGGGCAAGUCGGCAAUGUCUGUAUUUGUACCAGUAUAUCAACUGUAUCUAUUACGUUUAGCAUUACUUUGGGCGCCG